UUUUUCCCUUGUCAUACCUAUUUUGUUUAUAUCUUCAAUUAAAAUGGGUCGUCGGAAGUCAAAAAGGAAGCCUCCACCGAAGAAGAAAAAUAUUGAACCUUUGGAUCAACAGUUCAAUUGCCCAUUUUGUAAUCAUGAAAAGUCAUGCGAAGUAAAAAUGGAUAAGAGUAGAAAUACUGCUAAAGUUACUUGCAGAGUUUGUCUCGAGGAUUUCCAGACGAGUAUAAAUUUCCUGUCAGAGCCAAUAGAUGUGUAUAAUGAUUGGGUAGAUGCUUGUGAAACAGCGAACUAAUCCCGAACUUGUAAUUGUGUAAUCUUAUAAUUAUCUAAUGAUAUUUAACAUUUCAAGUCAGAAUAAAGUUUUUUCAAAAUUUAAAUUUAUAAUGUAGCAUAUAUAAAUAUAUGAUAAUAUAUUUAAUCCUUGUCUGUACAAAUUUUGAAACACCUCUAAAAAGAAAGUAUAUAUAAGUUACGAUAUUAAUACGCUUAUGUAUGAAUACAACAGAUAAGCUGUAAAGUUUAGUUUUAAAAGAAAUAAAAUUUUAAAAUUCGUUUUUA